AAAGCAAUAUCAUUCUUCAAUGAUACACUUCCAGGGUAAAUUGCCUGAGUGCAACCAUUGGGCAAUUCGAGGCUCCUGUUUCUGAAUCCUGCAUGAGGAUUAUUUGUUGCCAGUGGCAAUUGUGCUGGCGCUGUUCUGGGCCCCAUUCUCUCUGCAAAUCAAUAAUUUACCCCCUGCAUAAUCCUCGGGUUGCCCAAAAGAGAAUAUUUCUCUUUCUGAUGAACCUCGGAAGUGUUGGAUUCCAGUUUCGAGGAGCCAACCCCGAACGACUUGGACGGUCCACCGGAGUGUCUGCCGGAUGUCCUCGGGACGCCAUAUGGGGCCGAUUCGUUCCGAGCGUCUUGUGUCACUGCCGAAGACUGGAAGAGUAUUGGCUGCCAUCACUUCCAGGCACAUCUGAUGCUUCUUCGCCGUUGCUUAUCUGCGGGAGUCAUUCCGCCGAUAUUUGCUACGGAAUACCAUGGGAGCUCGUUGGUCCCAUGGGUAUCAAGUUGAAUAUUGUUGCUAAUAUUGGCUUCUAUGCAAGAGCCCUCCUAAAAUCGGGCAGCACCUCUCCUCGCAUACAUUCAUGUAUCAUCUCGGCUGAUAUUUCUGACCACCACCAGAAGCGAGGCGCUUGAACUUCGCACUUGAUAGUUGGAUCAGCGUCAUGUGACAGCAAUAGGUCAUAUAUCUCCCUCCCCCGAGAUCCCCGUAGGGCCGCUGCACGAAGUGCCGUGCCGUAUAAGGGCAAUAUAUUAUCGACUCGAGCGUUGCUUUCAAUGAGCAACUUUACAGCUU